AUGGCGAUUGGACCAACCACAAAUCCUGGCCCAAACAGACAGGAUCAAGCUUGGUCGAAGAAUACGGUGUUUAGUACGUACGAUUAUCUGGCAAAUGUCCUCAAAUAUCCGAUUGUCUUCAUGUCAGAAUGCAUCAAAAUCCUACAAGAGAAGGGAUCCCCGUAUUGUAGUCUUCCACAACCCGAUGUAUCUUUCAAUGGUCUAAACAUUUCUAAAUUUGGAUUAUUCGACCUCAAACUCCUGAAAGGCUGA